UCCAUUGUUGACAUUUGACAGAGCCCCAAGUUGUCAUUGUUGAACUGAACGACAUAUACGUCGUUGUUUGAACUGAGGAUCCAUACUUUCAAAAUGUGUACUUGACUGUGAAGGAGUUUUUUGUUUUUAAGAUUUAUUUUUAAUUUUUGUGGAAAUGGAGGGGAGCAUAAAUGUGGAUCCGGGAACGGAGCCGUUGAUUAGUAAUAGUGAAGAUGAAGAACAAGGGUUAACAGGAUGUGGAGCUACCCCAUGUUGCAAUCCCAAUCAUGCCCUGCAUCGCUUUUUGGCCCUAAUGUUGAUGUGUCUUAUUGGGUUUGGUUCGUGUUUCUGCUACGAUAACCCGGGUGCGUUGCAAGACAACUUCAUGACGGACCUGGGAAUGUCGACGUCGCAGUUUGUGUACCUGUACUCGUGGUACUCCUGGCCCAACGUUGUCCUGUGUAUGGUGGGCGGCUUUCUGAUGGACAGGAUAUUUGGAAUACGAUUGGGCAGUGUGAUUUUCGCAACUCUUGUCGUAAUGGGCCAGCUGGUGUUUGCCUUGGGCGGUCUGCUCAAUUUGUUUUGGCUGAUGGUUGUUGGCAGAUUUAUCUUUGGGAUCGGCGGUGAGUCGCUGGCCGUGGCGCAGAACAGCUACGCCGUGCUGUGGUUCAAGGGGAAGGAGCUGAACAUGGUGUUCGGCCUGCAGCUCAGCUUCGCCCGCGUCGGCUCCACCGUCAACUUCCAGCUGAUGGAGCCCCUCUACAAGUUCGUCAACAAGUACUACUCGGACGAGAAGACCUCGGGCGUCGUCCUCUUCAUAGCGUCGGCGACCUGCACCAUGUCCCUGGUGUGCGGGAUCGUCCUGGCCUGGAUGGACCGCCGGGCGGAGCGCAUCCUCAGGCGGAAGCCGUCCCACGAGGGGGAGGUGGUGCGCAUCACUGACGUCAAGGACUUCCCUGCCCUCUUCUGGAUGAUCUGCGCCCUGUGCGUCACCUACUACAUGGCCAUCUUCCCGUUCAUCGCCCUCGGCAAGGUGUUCUUCGAGCGGAAGUUCGACUUCAGCCCAGACAGUGCCAACUCCGUGAACAGCAUCGUGUACUUGAUCUCGGCUGUGGCGUCUCCCAUACUGGGCCUGAUGAUCGACCGCGUCGGCAAGAAUGUGCUGUGUGCGAUGUUGGCAGUGCUGGUCUCGAUCGGGUGUCACGUGCUGCUUGCGUUUACCUUCCUCAACCCUUACGUCGCUAUGUCCAUUUUGGGCGUUGCAUAUUCCAUGGCCGCCAGUGGAAUAUGGCCCAUGAUCUCCCUCAUCAUACCAGAAUACCAGCUGGGGACCGCAUAUGGCAUUGCACAGGCGUUGCAGAAUUUGGGCUUGGCUGUGAUUACCUUGAUAGCAGGAUACAUUGUCGAUACCUCUGGUUAUCUUUUCCUGGAGCUAUUUUUUCUUGGCUGGCUUUGCUUAUCACUGAUAAUUGUGAUCGUCAUCUGGAUUUUGGACGCCAACUCGACGGGAAUAUUGAACAUGUCUGCAUCGGAGCGGGAUGAAUUUGAGAAAAACCAGCUAGCCGUGGUGGACUUGGAGCGGGAGAAGCUGCUCGCGUCCGGCUCGAUGUGCGACGUCUCGCCACAGGACCUGCUCCAGCCGCACUCGGACUUCCACAUACGCAACAGAUACUUGUCCCGCAUCGGAGCUCCUCUUCCUUCACACUGUACUGCUGUUCCUAAGUCAGCUCCAUUCAGACCGCUGCGUUGAAGUGUCUGACGUUGCCCGAAAGGGUCGAGUUUUUCCAAGGCGAGCAUUUCUUUUGUAAUGAGACUUAAUAUAAUAUAAGAUGAGACUUAUAUUGUGUAAAUCAGUCGCCUUUGUGUUACCAAUGCCAGGGUAUUAUGUAGGAAACUUUUCUUUGUCUUGUGCGGAUAAAAACUAUGAAUUCUCAGAAUGCCUGUGGUAACAAAAUAUUUUUUUAUAAUGAAAGAAGUUUGUAGUUGAUGUAUGAAUACAUUUUAAAACUUUAGGUAAGUGUGUUUGUAAAACUUUUCCUACAUUAACUCAGAACUUGAGUUCUUUGUCUGUGGUCUGGUACCACAGUACAUCAGUUAAGGAAUUUUGUAUUCCCAAGAUUUUAAAUUGACUUUUCAUGUAAAUAUUACAUUUUUAAAAAUGUUUGUGAUUGUAAAUCACAAUGCACUUAGUAAUACAUUUACGCAAUAUCUUUGUGCAUUGAACUGAUAAAAAUCAAUUAGAAUUUUUGUUGUUUCAACUUGAGACUUUUUGUAUUGAUUGAUUAUGUUAGUGUUUAAUCUGUUGAACAUAUACCUAUAUGUAUAUUUAUGUAUGGACAUGCACUUGGGUGAUAAGUUUUAUCUUUAUAUCAUGUUCACAAUCUCACAUCCUUUAGUAAUGGUGUGAUAAAUAUAGGUAUAAUGAUACAUUUAUGUUUGUAUGGCCUUUGAAUUUAUAUACUGUAUAGAAGUCACGAGUGGAUAGGAUUUACUCUACGUUUUUCAGGAGCGUAUGAUGAGCAGCUUGGGAACUUCACCGCUGCAGGGCGCUGCCGUAACGCCCUGUAUCGUCUUAGUUGUUAUUUACACGUUAGAGCGCAGCACUGUCGCCCCCUGUCCCCCGCACCCCCCACCCAUCAUUCACUGCAGCUCAAGGUUGUUCAACAGGAGGGGGAAGGGGUGUUUGAAGAGUUCGACACUUGUCCGCUAGGGACCACCACAAGUCGAUGCCCUAGAGAUGGUGGCGAUUGCGGCGGUGAAUUAACCAACUACCUCAAACCGUAUUAGAAAUUUUAACCUGAGCUGGCGACUUCUAUACAGUAUAUAUAUUCAAAGGUACGACCGUAUGAAAAUUUUUUUGAAAAACUGAAAGCAAUUUUUUUUUAAUUCUGGUUUUAUGUACUCUUUGAUUUCAUUUAAAAAAUUUAAUGUCUUUGCAAUGAUGUUCAAUAUCAUAAUCAUAAGUCAUGGAAAUGUGCAAUGAAAUCUUUAGACACUUGUAUUUUUACAACAUAGUAAUUUUAUUUUAAAAAGAAGACUUGAUAUUUUUAUGUUAAUCAAUCAUGAUAAUCUUCAUUAAACUAAUUUACAAUGUUUGCAUGAAUUUUUAACUUGCAUAAAAAAUUAUAUAAAGUUUACUAAAGUAAAUUUUUAUUACUUGAUAUUUAGAUUGAAUUUUAUCUAAUGCCAUGAAUGCUUAAUUUGGAUGUUUUGGUUCUUUUCUCUUCAAAUGCUUUGCACACUGAUCAUUAACUUAUAGUCACAUAAUUUUUCCAAAGAAUGAUUUUAAUUUAGGUAAUCAGAAUGUGUUUUUGUUCUCGUAGCUUUUAUACUUCUUCAUAUAUGCUAUUCCAUUUCCAGUGGACUCAUUACUUCAUAUGUGUUUGCAAAGCAUCAUAAUCUCCAGGAGCUGAAACAGUUAUGGUCAAGCUGACAUGGCUAUACAAUUAGUAACAUUGUGCCGUUUUGUCAUUAGUGUUACAUUAUCAUUCUAGGUGAGUGUUUGUUAGGGCUUGUUAUUUUUAAAGGUGUCAAAGUCAGUGCUUUUAACUUCUAAUUUAUUGUGUGACUGGAAUUAAUUAUGGAUAGGCCAGUCUUAUCCUUAAACACUACAAAAUGUUAAGUAUUUGAAUAUUUUAUAUUACAGAAAAAGGAGUGAAAGAAUAAUUUAGUGUGUCUCAAACACUAGCCUUUAUUUUUGCCAAGGACUACUCUAGUAGUUCACCCCGAAAGACCUCGCGAUGUUUCGUUUUCAAUUAGGUAAAUAAUGUCCAAGUUAGUACCUACUUGUUUACUAUCAGAAAAAACAAACAUAACAUUUUGAAGUAAAAUACUAUAAACCUAAUAAAAAAAAAAUUGGUUGUUUGUAAAGUCGGUUUAUGGACGAUAGUUCAACGUGACGUCAUAACAAAACAUUGAUGAAAUGAUUGCAUACUUUUAUGAAUAAAAUUGAAUCAUUUUUAUUGAAUUAUCACUAUUUUGUAUGGAUACAAAGAAGGAGUGAAAUGAAAUCUACAUUUAAUUGAUAAAUUUACUUUUAUUUGCACACAUGAAUUCAAAUAUGUUUAUUAAUUUAAUGAAGGGAUUAUUUUAACUAUAACUUUAAUACAUGUUUGCUAUUUAACUUCUUGCAAUCUGUGUUAUUCUGUUAAGGAUAGGACGAUGAUAGGAAAAGUAGGAAACAAAUGGGAGUGUUUCAAGGAUGAUGUGAGGGAAAAUGGCUUACCCAACACCAAGAUACAGUCAAAAAUAAUAUAUUUGCGCCACGGACUCUGCAGCAAUUCUAGGGGGAACAGGUUAGCGAAGAGCAAUGAAAAUGUUACCUUGAAAUGCAUGAACACAGAAUUACGCCAUGGACUCGGUCGCAAUGCUAGGAGGUUCAGGUUAGCAAAGAGCAUUAUAAAAUGAGCGUAAUGGGACACAGCGAAACGGAACAAUGUGCGUAACGGGACACUUUUUCAUGCGUGCAGCCAGCAUUCAUCGAUUUAUUAGACGUUGUCACGUCAAAAAAUUUUACAAAUUAAUACCAGAAAGCUAUUUUCAGAAAUCCUAUAAAGGUAGGUACAUUGCUGUUCGUCCUUACUAAUUUACAUAAAGAUAAAUAGAAACCAAUGAAAAAAAAAACAAAGAAAA